GCGCUGCGUGCGACCGUCCUGCCAGCCUGCCUCCCAGUGGCGGCGCUGCCGCCGCCCCAUAUAUAUCUCCCGGUGGGGAGGAUGGAGCGGUGUUGCCGUGCGGCGCUGAACACUCGCCAGCCGCUCAAGGAUUCCCUCUGAGCCGGAGCCGCCUUUGUGCGCCAAGACAUCCCCCCGACGACGCUCCCUUCCCUUCAAUGUGCGCCACGGGCUUCCUCCUCACGCUGGUCUGGAGCUUAGUGUGCCAGCAUGCUGCUGGAUCACGGCUAAAUGUGACAGAACAAGAGCAAAACAUGCCCAUCCGGAGGACUCUCAAUACACCUGUAACUAAGAUGUUUUCAUCAGGAGUUGAUUAUGAAAAGACUGAGGAGGAAGAUGUGAAGGAGGUGAUAGCACCUCAAUUCCUUGUGGGAGAUUCAGGUAAAGUUGAAUCAAAACUUAAAAAAACAUCAAAAUCAGAGAGUGGAAAAAAGAACCCAAACAAACCCAAAAGAAAGGGAAAUAAUAAGGGGAAGAAAAACAAAAAGAGAACCAGAACUCCAUGUGAAGGAGAGUUUAAAAACUUCUGUGUACAUGGUGAAUGCAAAUAUAUCGAACAUCUGACAACAGUCACAUGCAGAUGCCACCUAAAUUACUUUGGUGAACGCUGCGUUGAGCAGUUCUUGAAGACACGGAACAGUGAUGGUUCAACAAGUCUCUCAACCACAGGCCUUGUGGUGGUUGUGGUGCUGGUGCUGUUAGUCCUCGGCUUUGUGGCCAUUGUAAUAACUGUCUUAGUGCCGGGAAGAAAAAAGUGCCCUAAAUAUGAUGAAAAAGAAGAAAGGAAAAAGCUCCGGCAAGAUGGAAGUUCCAGCAAUGAUGUUUAAGGAGAAUUGAAGGAGGUGAAGCUGAAGAGGCUGUUGCUGAAGCACCUGCUAUUCCAUGGAGGCACAUCUGAAAAGGUCAACUCGAGAACGUAGAGGAACAUGUUGAGACUGAGGCCUUGUCUGCCCAACGUGGAAGAUGUUGCAAGGAAGGACUUUGCACUUCCUUUACCUUUCAACAGUUGCCAGUGAAUGUAGAACAUGCAGCCGCAUUUGCAGGAAUUAACAUCUAUAGUUUUCACAGCUGCUGGAGAGCUGGCCUACCCUGUUCGGUACUGGAAGACUACCCAAAGACUACCUUGCAUGUGUUAUUGGUCAUCAGGGAGUUCUUGACAGGUAGUUUACAGAGACUUCUGUGUGCAAGAGAGAAUUUAGGAGAGGCUCAUGAUUGCAUCAAGAGAAUUUAUUGUUGUUGUUAUUGUUGCUAUUGUUAUUGUUGUCAUAGACUUCCAGACGUACCCCUGAAGGUGAAAGGGGAAAAACAGAGCAGGCUUUGAAAUAAGUCUCACAUUUGCUUAAAGAGCAGUGUGACUCCCAACUAGGACAAACGGCACAGGGUGUGCCUCUCUUCUCCCACACCUCUGCCUUUUGUCAUCUUGAGGAUUCCCACUUGCUGUGUGAAAAGGUGGCAGACCAGGAAUGUCACUACAGUCUACGUUUGGUUUUGGAUGUCAAACGUUGAAGGUGCUUGAGCUGUGUUUCCAAGGUUAUUGCUGCUGUAGUUCUUUUUUUUAAACAAUAAAUAAAUGAAUAAUGUUGGAAGGUACAGUGUAUUUUAAAGACUGACAUCUCGUGGCAAAACUCAUCCAGUUGCAAAAGAAAUGUAAGAGUUGCUUGUUGGUGGCUUGGCAUUUUCUACAGGCUAGGCUAGUCCCAGUCAGCUUCAGUGUGUCAACACUAGCAUAAGUGAUUGUUGAAUGUGUCCCCUUAGCAUUCUGAAGCCAAGGAACUGCUGUUUUAGCAUCUAUAAAAAUCAAGAAAACUGGGAUGCAGAAAUAAUGGUAGUAAAGACCUUAUUAAAUUUCUCCUCUAAAGGCCAUCCCCUAAAGUCCUUCUCAAAGCAGACUGCUGUGGCCUUCUACUUCGAUCAGCUCUAGCCAGUAUGGCCAGUGAUCAGGAGUGAGGAGAGUUGUAGUCCAGCAACACCUGGAGAGGGACAGGUUCUCCACCUCUGCUUCAAGUUCCUACUCCCACCUUAAGUAAAGAAUGGAUACUUAUGCCAAUCCACUGAUAGCUGCUUCUUCUUGGUCUCCAUUGGAAUUAAUAGAUGCUCAGUUCAGGGGCAUAUGCUUGCUAGAAAAUGUCCAAUUAUAUCAAACACAAAUGAUGAUCAAACAUAUAAGGAAAUGUAUAAUUUAUUGCUAAAAUAAUUCUGCAAAAAAAAAAUAGAUUGGUUUGGCACACAGACUGCUCAGUACUCACCAACUUCAAUGGAAUUUUUAUGUUUUAAAAAGUGUAAAAUCUUCCUGGAAAUUUUCAUUGAACAGUGGUAUACCAUAUUGUGUGUAAGCUUGCAAUCAAAUACUAUUAUUUUUCACUUCCUGUAAAGGUAUAUAUGGCUUCCUGCAAAGACAUCUUCAUUAACUCAAGCUACAAUCCUGUAUACACUUUCCUGUAAGCCCCACUGAACAUAGUGGGAUUUACUUCUGAAUAACUAUACAUAGGAUUGACCCUUAAGUUACAAUCGCUUGUUUAUACGACUUUUGUGAAUGAAAAGGAGAAUGUAAACACAGUUUUAUGCUAUUUUAGUGUACAUAUGUAUAAGUACAGAAGUUUUUAUUGUAAAUAAUGUGUACCUGUAUUUAAUAUGUUCACACAACUCAA